AUGAAUAAAGAAAGGCGCGUUGGCCGUCGUAGUGUGGUACAAAAUCUUGUUAAACUUACUCCCGAAUACGAUAAUGAAGAAAAAGUGUCAGUUGGACCAAAAAAAGCUUUGUUUGAUGACGACACAUUUGUUAUGAAACGUACAUUAAAGCCAUUACAUGAGAUUAACAAUUUUCAGUUUACUUCGUCAAAAUCAAAAAGUCAUGAUAAACUUUUUACAGAAAAUACUUUUGACAUACCAAAAUCUACAUACAUGGAUAUGUUUAGUAACCAUAAUAAAAUUCCAUUAUCUCCACCUAGUAGAAUGAAACUUCUUGAAUCAUCAAUGGGGAAAUCCCGCCAAAAGCCUUGUGAACCUGUAUUGCAAUCAAAAGAACUUUUUAACACACUAAUUGACUCACCUUGUACUAAGUAUGAAAAAGUACAGUUCAACAAUGCAUUAUCAUCUGCCUCUAAGUAUUUAUUAAACCGCCACUUAGAAUCAGUCCAACAAAAUUCUGACAUAUUUAAUGUCUCAACACCUGAUGUAAAUUUGUGUCCUGUCAAUGAAAAUCAUUUUAAUAAAUUCACAGCUCCAAGUUUAAUAGAUUUAAGUAUAACUCCGAAGCCAGACAUAUGUCAAUCUCAUAAUCAAACUCAAACAUCAAAUCUACCUUUAUUAGUUGAAGUAACGAAAAACAAAAAAAAUGAUGAUAUUUGCCAAAAUCAAACAUCAAACAUGCCCAUAUUAGUUGAAGAAAUUGAAGGAUUGAAAAACAAAGAUAUUGAUGAUAUUCGUCCAACUCAAAUAUCAAAUCUUUCUUUAUUAGUUGAAGAUAUUGAAGAACUGAAAAAAAAAGAAAUUGACGAUAUUCGCCAAACUAAAUCACAAUGUUGUGACUUAAUGAAGACCCGGUUCAAAGAAAUUGAACUAGAAAUUGAAAAACAUUUUGGCAUUAUGGAAAAUAAAGUUAAUGAAAACUAUGAUAAAUUGAUAAAAAAAAUUCAAGAUGGAAACAAUGACAGUGUUGAAUCACAGACUUCAAUCGUUACAACAGAAACAGUGAAGGAAAAAAAUUACACUAGAAUGACUGGUGCUUUUGGAAUUUUCAAUAAUUUAAAUAAAGAUUGCAGUUUUUUGAAAACUCCUAAGACUAAAGGGAAAACCCGAGAAGAAAUGUUAAAUAAAGGGGUUUUGACACCAUGUACAAUGUCAUUUGUUUUACAAGAACAAUUAAUGCACUUGAAUAGUAGUUCUUAA